AUGAAACAUUUUUCAUAUUAUUCUGAGGAUAUUUAUACUUAUGAAAAUUUGGAUGAGUUAAAAAAAAUUCUAUAAUUUGAUGAGAUUGGAGAAAUAGAAUACAAUUAGGAAGAUGAAUACAUUUAAUAUAAAAUUAAUAGAGAAGAAUGCAUUCGAUUAAGUGAUCUAAUUUAUUUUAUAUCAUCUAAUCUAGGUAGGAUACAUUUAGGCCAAUUAUUGGUCUUAAUUAAAUCCUUAGUGUCAAAAGUUUAACAAUUGAAAUCAGCUAACUUCGAUCAUUUAUACUUAGACUCUAAUAGAAUUUGGCUUAAAUUCAAUAAUAAACAGUAAACAUUAAAUAGUAAAUACUAAAUUUUUUAAUAUACUGUUCAUUUCACUGGUUAUUAAUGUCCAAAUUAUGAAGAUUUAAAUGAAAAAGAAAAUUUACAAAUAACCUCGUCAUAAAAAAUAUUACUAAUUAUAAAAGGUCUAAUUGAUAACUGCUUUGAUAAUAUCAUACUAGAUAAAACUAAAGAAAGAACAAAUGUAAAGAAUGAUAUUAUUGAUCCAAUAUUACAUGAAAUAAGUACCAAAAACUUAGAUUAAUUGAUUGAAGAAAUCAAUUCUAUUUUAUAGAAAUAUCAAUAUGAUAAAGAAAAAUAAACUAUUUUAGUUGAUGAGUAUGUUGAAACAAUACUUGAGGUUAGGCAUGAUUUACAAAUAGGGUAUAAAUUAGACAUUUAAUAAAUAAUGAAAACUAAAAAAAAUAUGGAAACUAUUACUGAUGCUUAUUUAAUAGAAUAUUGUUUAUAUUUAAAUAUUCCGAAAAUAGUUUAAGGGUUUGAAAAUUCUACAAAUUUCUAAAGAAUUGAAUAUGUUGGUGAGAAGACUGUAGAAUUUUUUGAAUAAAUUUAAUUGAAAAUCUAAAAUGAAAGAUAAAAUUACAUUGAAGAAUUAAUUAAAUAAGAAAUUGAAAAAUAAUCUGAAUACUAUGUAUAGUUUUAUAGAUUCGACUUUGAUUUAGAACAAGUACGUGAGGUAAUUACACCAUUAAUCAGAAAUCAUGCAAUAAUCAAAUAUUUUCACAAUACCUUUACAUAUAAUUUUAAGUAUACAGAAAAGCCAUAUAUUGAUAUUUAAGAUACUCACAAAUCUAAUGUUAAUAAACUUUAAUAAGCAAUGUAAAAAUAGAUUUCAAAAAUAAUCCCUCUUUAUACAUAACAAUGUUUAAGCAUGAAAAUAACAACCCUUAUUUUAGAGCUGAUAAAUGAUUUGAUUUGA